AUGCAGCUGCUCAGCUUUUACGACCACCAUCCCCACCUUACACCUAGGCUAUUGUUCAUGGGUCCUAGCAAGAAGGCUUGCUAUCUCUGCAACGAGUUCAUGUCCCGCCAUCCCCUCAACAUUGGAGUCUCGGCAAGCCACCAGAAAAUCUACCCAGCCUGGAUGUCCCCCCCAUGCCAUACUUCCGUCAGGAAGCAGCAGAGAGCCCGGCUCUGGGAGCUCAGCCGACAUCUGGAACAAGCGGCUGUGCGUGACCUCGAGACGAGACUGGGAACCCGCCGACCAAUGACAAUGGACUCAACAGCCGGGCCGUCACUUACGACGACGGGAACGAUCUCGUCGGGAUUCUGGUCCCGCGAUUCGAAUUUGGGCGAGCUCGAGACAGAUGAGGAGUCAGUAUCCUUCAUCACACAAAGUAUGAAGUCUACGGCAGUCCAAGAAGACGGGGCUGAGAGGCAAGGUUAUGGCAUCCAGAACAGCUAG